CAGCAGCUAUGAUUGGUCGUAAAGAAAUGCCAGGUGCAUUGCUUAGCUAAUCCAAUUUCUUUCCAGCUUCCAGUUAGGCGGUGAGUAUUCAUGCUACAGUCAAAGGGAGAUACCUGCUCAGAAUGAAAGGAAUAAUAUUCUGGGUUUUUGCCAUUGUGAUGCUCUCACCUGCUAAAGGUAAGAUGGCUUUUUUUCAAAGGUCUGAAGGUGUUUCUGCUGCGCUUACAGGGACAUGGGUUCUGUGGCACAGGAGCGUUUUCCACAUCAAUGCAGGUUCUAGUGGUCUGAGAGGUGAAGAAGAGGAGCAGAUGAUGGAUUUGGAGGGACAGGAGCAAGAAGAAGAGUACCUGGAGUGUUUCCGCUGUGAUCUGGGCUUCUGGGAUGCAUGCUAUACGACAGAAACCAACUGCAGCCAAGGGGAGCUCUGCUACACGGGCAGAGGGAAGGCAGCCGAUUCCCUGGAUAUAAAGACACUGGGCUGUGCGAAGGCCGUGGAGUGUAACGUGGAGACGACAGUGGAGCUUUUUUUUAAUAAUAACAUCUUUGUCAUGACCAAGUCCUGCUGUGACACCCCUUUCUGCAACUCUGCACAAAAAAUACCCAUUGGCACCCUUUUUUAUCUGACUUUGGCUGUUUUAACCACUCGUUACACCACUAAAGACUUGGUCUGAUAAAAAAGCAACAAAAAAAUAAAAUAAUUUUUUUUUCAUAUGUGUUGUAAAAAAUGGUUGAAGUUAUGCUGAAGUUACCUCAGGCAGGAAAAAACUGCCAUGUUUGCAAGAUCUGCAAAAUGUUUGUACUAAGGGAUAAAUAAACACUAGAUAUUUGUAACACACAAACAAUGUACAUUUAUACCGUAAUCAAGUAAUUGUGUUUUUAUUAACACUGAAACUAGGACAUGCGCACGCUACUUAAAUUUCAUUAAAAUUUCUUACUAUUUAAACCAUAUAAGUUAAAGAAUAUCUCACUGAGGAAUGAAAAAAUGUUUGCAACAGUUGAAGAGUUUAGCUGCGCUUCAGCAGCUCUCCAGCAGAGGGCAGUAGUUCAUCUUUCAUGAAACUCUGCAGAUCCACAUCUUUGUCCUCCAGUUCAAGACUCAAGAACUUCUCCACCACAGACUGGCAUCUGUUGAUCAAAUAUGCAUUUUUUUUUGUGUCUCAAAUAAAGUUUAUUUACUCAUUUUACAUGAAGCAGAGUUUAACACACCUCUUGUCCCGGUCCCCUGACGAUUCUUGGUCAAUGUGUUUGAUGGGUUUUCCUGUCCUGUAAUGUUCAGACACCUUAAAUAGAAAACACAAUCACUUUGUGAGCAUGAA